GUGAUACACUUAAAGAAUGCUCGUAGUAUUCAGUUUGAAACCAUUGCUCAAAUAGGUAGUUUGAAAUUGAUAAAAAAUUAUGAUUAAAAACAGAGUUUGUACGCAUUCCAUAUUUAUGCUGUUAUCGUUGUGGCUGCUGACGACUGCUUGCAAUAAUUCCGCUCACGGUGUCUAUGUUCCAACGUCGAAGUGUUUCCAGAUAUUACAGUCACACAGGUGUUCAUUUUUAUUUUUUACUAACAUCUUGCAAGUGCACAGUAUAUUUUAAAGCACGUCUAUAUUUCUUCAGAUUAAAGUAUACAAUAUAAAAUAUUGCUAGACAGUUAUGUCACUAUAUUUCAUUUCGAUCGUGAUGAUGUGGAGUUGCAUAUUAUCAGGUGAUCACAGCCACGUGUUCGCCGGUCCACUCGAACUUCAAUGCAAAAAUUGUUAUUGCAAAGGUAUAACCGAAGAAAAAUGUCCAUUUCAAAAAUGCCAACAGCUCUGGGACGAUUGUAUUUUGAAAAGAUACAACGAUGAGUCGUUCAUGACAGAAUAUUUCAAACAAAAAGAAAUAGCGGUGAUGUAUAUAAAAAUUCCAUUUCGCAACUUACAUAAGUAUUUGACAUUUCUUUCUUAUUCGAGUGAAGAAAACGUAACGACCGUCAGCUUAAGUUAUAAUGAAACAUCAACGGCACGCCAGAUUUUUAAUACACCUUCAUCAAAAAAUGAACAGCUAAGUGAACAUUUACCAGUCAAGUUUGGAACAAAUCAGUCAUUGAAGAUGCCGAUCCUAUCGUCCAAAAAAAUAAUAGCGCUGGAUCCUUCAUAUUCCAUGUUGGAUAAUAACACUAAUGCACAUGCCAUUAAUGAACGUGAGAAUUUACUUGUAUUUGUUGAUCUGAUUCUUGUGCUAUUAUGGUUAACAAACGUAAUUGUUCUAUGCGUAUGCCUACGUCUGCGUCGUUCAGAUUCGGCGAGAAGACAAAAUCCUGUUUUGAAUCGACUUCGAAUUGAUAAAGGCAGACAACAUCAUCGAUAAAAAAAUUUAAUAAAAUAUUGAACCAAUUACAUAAAUAUCUUUUGCGCUUGUGACGUGUACAUCUUGUGCUCACAUUUGUAUACAUUUCACAGUGUUAUAUGUCAAGAUCAGAAUUAUGUGCACUUAUAAAUGUUCAAUAUGCACGCAAAAAUGCACUAAAAUAAAUUCAAAAUAUGUGUGAAAUAACUGCUAAACAAACGGAAUAAAAUUUAAACUCUUACUGCAUUUUGUAGUUUAAAGUAUAAAAAUAAAUAGUACCUACAUAAGAAUGUAAUAAGAAAAGUCGUAUGACAAAUUUAACGUAGUAUUAGGUAUAUUCAUUUGAAAAACAAUGAGUUACCAAAGUGCUCCGACUCUGUUUCUGUAAAAUUUUGAUGGCAAUACGUAUUUAUUUAUUAAUUGUUUCUUGCUCAACAUCUUUUUGGAUCGUUAGGUGUAUUAUAUGCACGUUUUUUUUGGUAAAAUUAUGCAAAAAUAUGCAGAACAUGCACUAAAGUCGGAAUAUAUAGAAAUAUACUUUAAAUAUGUUUUUAUUAAAUUAAUCAACUAAUGAUUUAUUAAUUGACUACUAAUAA